CACUUGGUAUUUUCAUGUUUCUAUACCAAACGAUUUCAUUUUUAGAUGUUUUAAAUUGAUUAGAAAUUUUAAAAUUAAAAAAGAUGGAUCGGAAACGACAUUUAUCGUCAACCGGAUCUUCGUCCAGUGAUGAUUUUUCAUCGAGUGACAACCAUUCACCAACCAAGAAGGGGCACAGCAGUUUUAUCAAAGCAAGAAAAUAUGAAUCUCAACAAGAAGAUAAUUUAUCGUCUGAUGGCCAGUUGCCCACCAAAAAAGCGCGUCAUGAGUUUGACGAAGCUCCUUCUUCGUCUUCAGAAUCGUCAUCUGGUGCACCAUUGUACAGCUCUUUUGCGCAAAAAAUGAUGGCCCAGAUGGGAUAUAAGAAAGGGAAAGGUCUUGGUAAAAACGAGACUGGUCGUGUUGACAUAGUUGAAGCAUCCAACCAACGUGGUAGAAGAGGUCUCGGUCUAAAAUUAAAAGGCUUGGAAGCGAAAACAGCACUGUCUUGGGAUGAGGAAGAGGAAAUUCUAGUUAGACAGGAACCUGAUUGGAUACCUACCAAAGAUCAAGCUAUACCUGCUCUUGAUGAGUUAAACUCCUAUAUAACCAUGACCGAACGAAAAGAAACGAUUGACGACGAAUUUGAGUUUUGCGAGCCAGAGAUUCUCACAAGCAUUCUGGAAAGUAAAAACAUAUUUGAUAACUUGGGAGGUGAUGAAUUUUUAAAAGCAAGAUUUCGUGCUAAUCCCUACGAGACCAUUCGCGGUGCCAUCUUUCAAAACCGUGCGGCGAUGAAGAUGGCGGAGGUUGAUGCGUCUUUUGAUUACAUGUUUACUAAUCAUCCCGAUCGGAAUGAAAAGGAUCCAACGAAUUUGUUGUAUUUUGCUGAUAUAUGUGCUGGUCCGGGUGGAUUUUCGGAAUAUAUAUUGUGGAGAAAGAAAUGGCACGCAAAAGGAUUUGGAUUUACGCUGAGAGCUGAUUGGGCGAACGACUUUAAGCUUGAUGAUUUUAUUGCUGGCACACCUGAAACUUUUGAUUGUCAUUAUGGAGAGAAAGGAUAUAACGGAGAUGGAGACAUCUUCAAAGACAAAAAUUUGACUGCUUUCAGGGAGUACGUGUUGGAAAAUUCGGACGGUAUUGGCCUGUAUUUUGUGAUGGCUGAUGGUGGAUUUUCUGUAGAAGGACAAGAAAAUAUUCAGGAAAUAUUAUCAAAGCAACUAUACCUAGGACAAUUUAUAUGCGCUUUAGGGACUCUUCGUCCUGGCGGACAUUUUAUAUGCAAACUUUUUGACAUCUUUACCCCGUUCAGUGUUGGUUUGGUGUAUCUCAUGUACAGAGCUUUUGAGAGAGUAUGCAUAUUUAAACCAGUGACCAGUCGUCCAGCAAAUUCUGAAAGAUACAUUGUGUGUAAAAGUUUACGCAAGGAUUCUCAACCGAUAUACGACUAUCUGUUCGAUGUAAACAUUCGAAUUAACGGACUGAAAGGAAGCAAUAUAGAUAUCAGAGAAAUCGUCCCAGUCUCCCUUAUGAGAGACGAUAAAGAGUUUUAUGAAUAUAUUUUCACUUCGAACAAUACAAUUGGUGCCAGACAAAUUCUCGGUUUACGAAAGUUGGCAACUUAUGUUCAGAACACUACCUUAGUUGGUCAAGACCAGGGUGAAGUUCGGAAGCAAUGCCUAGCAGCAUGGACCAUUCCUUCUGAAGCGCGUUCGAAUGUGAUAAGAAACGAUCCAGAGACGCAAUUCGAAAAAUUGAUUAAACAUGCAGCUACAGAUUGGAUGAGAAAACAGCCUACGUUUUUAACGGAGGAGAGUGUCCAUCAAAUAAAGAGUAUUCAUGACUACAAAUGUACCUUCUCAGGUGGAGACCGCGUGUAUCUGUUUAGUUUGGGUAGACAGUCGGUGUAUAAGUGGAAUCCACGUGACCAAUUUGAUCCAGCGUGGAAGCGACUUGAUAAAAUGAAUUUGGAGCUGCCCCGCUUUACCCUUCUCGACGCAGAGCUCGUGUUCGAAUUAAAAGGAGAUGGCAAAGGCCAGCGAAGAGUGAUGGCUGUGCAUAUUUUGGAUGUGCACUACCUUGGAGGAGAGUACGUUGGAGAUAAACCAUUUAGUGAACGUAUCAAGUACGCGGAUGGAUUUGCCAAAGCGCUUUCCAAGCCAUGCCGACCGGAUGUUAUUCGCGUGCGCGUGAAACAAUUCUUUGCAAUGAUUGAAAUGAGCGAAGUCCUCGACGCGUUACAGGUGAAACACAUGAAAAGAGGAAUGGAGAGGAAGUUGUGCAGCAACGUGGAGGAGGACAAAUAUUUCGUUCCUACUGGUUUGUACUUGAUUCGGCGUGUGAAAGAACCGUGGCACCUGCAGUUUAGUCGUUCAAACAAGAGGUUCUAUUUUUACAAUCCACAUGGAAAUAAAUCUCUGUUUGAGCCUCCCAAAGAUUCUUUAAGUGACGUCAAAUAUUGCGUCAGUUCGCGUUUUUACUGGAAGUGGGAGGAGAACUUAGAUUUAGAUCUUGAUUCAUCGAAAGAAGGUGUUUUAACGAAAGCUGCUGUCGUUGAUUUUGUCUCUCGCAAACUUUAAUCACCAAUGGUUACUUUUAAAAAGUUAAACGUUUUAUUUAUCAAAAGGAUUAUUUUGUGUUUUAGUGUUUUUACCUUGGUUGUCUUUUAAACUAAAAUUUACGAAAAUUACGCCCUUCCUAUACACCUCUUCAAGCAUCAUUAUUGAUUUCUUUUAAAAUGAAAACUAACAAAAAUCUCCAUCGUUACACCUUAAAAUGUUGUCUUACUUCAAGUAUCUCGUUGGCCAAUAUUAUGUCUGCUUUAAUAGAACAAUUUUUGAAAUGUUAGUGGUCAAACUCUCUUAGAUAUCUGACGUGUGAUGCGACCACAUAAAAAUUACUACCCAUAAGUAUUGGCGUAAUUAAGCUACGGAUAAAGUCUUGCUAGUGCAAAAAAUAAUUAACAAAAUAAUAACAAAAAAUAACAAAAAUAAUUGCUAAACACACACCACGUGACAGAGCGUGACGUAACGACUAGUUUUUGAUAUUUCAUAAAAAUGCCAAUUUUUACCAGAUUGUCGUUUUCGGCAAUCGGUUGGACUGCUUCGAUAGAAUUUGUUUAUUUUUUAUUAACCAGAGAAAGACCUCGUGGUUUAUAGUAUUUACGAUAAAUGUUUAAAAGAUUAGGAUUUUAUUUUAUUUUGACAACAAGAUAACACAAGUAAAAGAAUGUGUAAUUAAAUUACUUUGAUAUACACUGGUUUUUCCAUUA